GACUAAACUUUGCUGUUAAGACCAUUAAAGAUGAACGGCACAGAGGGUGACAAUUUUUACAUCCCCAUGUCCAACAGGACUGGACUUGUGAGGAACCCUUACUUUUACACUCAAUACUACUUGGCUGAACCAUGGAAGUUCAAGGCACUUGCUGCCUACAUGUUUUUAUUGAUCUGUUUUGGCUUCCCCAUCAAUGGUCUGACACUGUUGGUUACAGCUCAGAACAAGAAACUCCAGCAACCUCUUAACUUUAUCCUGGUAAACCUGGCCUUUGCAGGACUGAUCAUGGUUAUUUUUGGAUUCACAGUGAGCUUCUAUUGCUCACUGCAAGGUUACUUGGUUUUGGGAGAACUGGGCUGUCAAAUUGAAGGCUUUAUGGCUACACUUGGAGGUCAAGUUUCCCUGUGGUCUCUUGUGGUAUUGGCUAUUGAGAGAUACAUUGUUGUCUGCAAGCCUAUGGGGAGCUUUAAGUUUGGGAACAACCAUGCUUUUGCAGGAGUUGGAUUUACUUGGUUCAUGGCAUCAACUUGUGCUAUACCCCCAUUGGUCGGCUGGUCAAGGUACAUUCCAGAGGCACUGCAGGUAUCUUGUGGGCCAGACUACUAUACAUUGAACCCUGUCUACAACAACGAAUCGUUUGUCCUCUACAUGUUCAGUUGUCACUUCUGUGUUCCCGUCACAACCAUCUUCUUUACGUAUGGAAAUCUUGUGGCCACUGUCAAGGCGGCUGCUGCUUCCCAGCAAGAUUCAGCAUCAACCCAGAAAGCUGAGAGGGAAGUGACACGCAUGUGCAUUCUGAUGGUCUGUGGUUUCCUUCUGGCCUGGGUCCCGUAUGCCAGCUUUGCUGCAUGGAUCUUUUUUAAUAGAGGAGCUUCCUUCUCUGCCCAGGCUAUGGCAAUCCCUUCUUUCUUUUCUAAGACAUCUGCUUUGUUCAACCCUGUUAUCUAUGUACUGAUGAAUAAACAGUUCCGUAACUGCAUGCUCACCACCUUAUUCUGUGGCAAGAACCCUCUUGGUGACGAGGAGUCAUCUCAGGUGUCAACAAGCAAGACAGAAGUGUCCUCUGUGGCUCCAGCAUAGAGACAUUGAGUACAUCUACUUACACAGACAGCUCUGACCCACUCCUCAACUGAUAUUUAGAGCAGUCUUUGGAUGGACAGUUCUGUUCAUAUACAUAUGUUUGCAAAUAUUUUAACCUGGAAUGUUCAGCUUGUAUUUCAAACAACUCCACAUUCCAAGGACCAUUUCAUAUCAUGCCUGGCUUAUUUGCAAGGACACAGCUUGAGGUGAAUGUUUUGAUUUAAAUAUAUCCAUAAUAACACGAGUCAUGCGAAGGACAGAUUCAACUGUAAUAGCAUAUAAAAAUAGCUAUUCUCGGAAAUAGAAAUACUGUUCAUCAACCCAAGUCUCCCAUUUCCCAGAAGCAUCUAAGCUAAGCAUCCAAGAUUUGUGACUCACAGAAACAAAACUAAGCCAUUCAAACACAAGCUCAAGACAAGUGACAAAUACUUAAUGUCACUUAUCAACUGAGAUGAUAUGCCAUAUUAAGAGUCAAACAUGUUUGUUCAUAGCACUGUUAGAACAUCGCUAUAGCUACCACAACAUGUUAUUGGAAAUGUAGUUUGUUCUUCUGAAUAAGGUUGUUGACAUAUAGCUUUGGAAUGAAUAUUUCAGUUAAGUUUUCUGCUUUGCACAAAUGUAUCAAUGGAUUCUGUUUAUAUGGAUUUAUUUUAUGUACAUUUUAGUGUGUUUAGCGUGUUAAUAAAAUGUAAAUAUUUAAU